UUUUGUUUUAUUUCUUUUAAAAUUUAUUUUUUAGUUGGAUUUAAAAUGAUUUCUGAAGAUUCAAUUAUUCGUGAUGGUGAUUACUCUAUUCUUCAAAAAGUUGGAGGUGAACAACUUCGACCUUGUCGUCUUUUAAGUGGACAGCGUGCACUUAUUGAAAAGCUUAGUUUUGACCCGACAAUUGCUUUUGGAAAGCCGUUUGGAAUUUUUGAGGUUUGCUCUAAUGGCAAAACAUCGACUGAUUUGAGCCAAAACGAAUCUUCCAGUGACAUUUAUCAAAUUGAACAUCGUGAAUCAAAACUACAACAAAAUGAUAAUAUUGGUUUAGAUUCUUCUGUUAACGGUUUUGUAUCAAAACUUGUCAAUGGAAAUUCUUCUUUCAAAGAUCGUUCACAAUUUUCAAAAGAAAAAUAUGUCCGUAAAAUGACUAAAAAACAUUCGGGAAAAGUAAUGAUUUCUCGUCCAAACAUUCGUCUUCUUUGUCAAUCCUAUUUUUAUAAAGAUCCAGAACGAUUAGCACAUUUGAGAUUGGAUCAACUGGCCCUUCUUGUUCAAUUUUUAAAUAUACAUUCGUGUGGAUGUAAUAUAUUUGUAUAUGAAAAUACAUUGGGUUUGUUGGGUGCUGCAGUAAUGGAAAGACUAGAUAAUCAAGGCAAUUGUAUUUUUCUACAUCGUGGGGAUUGGCCCCAAUCAAUUCCCUGUAUUGAUGCAAUGAAUAAUCGUAAUCAAAACAAUUUUCUUCCUUUGCGAAUAACUACACUUUUACAACCAGAUCUUCUUAAAGACGAGGAAGAAGCUGAUCAACAAAAAAUUCAACGUCGGCAAAAUUUAACUUCUCAAGAAGAAAUGCAAAAUAACUCAACAAUUAAUUGUGAUGAAGAAGAAGAUACUUCUUUACAAAAUAUGCUUGAAAGGAGAGUUAAACGACGGGAAAAAGAGAAACGAGCAUUGAAUUUAUUAGCUAAAAAUUCAAUUAAUAGAAAUGAAUUGUUAAAUGAAGGAGAAUUGGAUGGGAUUUUACUUGCGGGAAGAACAUUUGAUCCAGAGGAUGUUCUAAAACAGGUAAUUGAUGGAUUGCGGCUUUCUGGCUCUGUAGUUAUUUAUUCCCCAAUUAAACAGCACAUUUUGAAAGCCUGGAGUUUUCUUCGUUCAACAAAUUCUUUUAUUGAUAUGCAAAUACAAGAACAAUUUUGCCGGACACAUCAAAUAUUGCCUAAUCAGACUCAUCCACUAAUGCAACAAACGGUAACUGGUGGCUAUAUUCUUUCAGCAAUAAAAGUUUUAUCAAAUGAAAAAUUUAAAAAAUUAACAACAGAGGAUUGA